AUGGAGAGAGUUCAGUGCAAGAGCCGAAGGAUUAUAGAGGAGAGGAUCACGCUAUCUCGCCGAGAGUACGGAGCCAAGUCUAGCAGUCGGCCAACCGAAAAGCACCCAAUCACAGUCACUAUCACCAACAAUUCUGCUUCGCCAUGGGCGACAUCGAUUGAACAGAUCGCCGAGCUCUACAAAUCCGAGUAUACAGGCGCCGUAACGACACGAACCUCUCUCCUCGAAGGCUUCGCCGAGGACCCUUCCGUUCACCAAUACAUCUACCACAACGGUGCCUCCGCCGCCACAAACACCGCCAUCAACACCGAUCCAAAAGACCCCUCCACCAGCGGAGCCUCAACCCUCAACACCCUAGGCUACUCCCCCUUCACCCUAUCCGAAUACCUCGGCCACAUCAACGAAAUCGUCGGCCAACGCCACCUAGGAACCUCCAUCACCACGACCAAGAAACCCUUCAUCCUCUCCGUGACCGGCACCGCCGACGAAAUCGCCAUGGCCUACGCCCUAAUAGCCAACGCCGCCGAAAUGGACGAAGACCUACGCCUCUGCAUGGAAGUGAACCUCUCAUGCCCCAACAUCCACGGCCUGCCCCCGCCGGCCUACGACCCGACCCAACUCGCCGAAUACCUCGAAGCCAUCUCCGACUCCAAGGCCACCUACCGCGGCCGCAUGACCACCCCGGACUCGGUGCCCCGCGUCGGCAUCAAACUGCCGCCCUAUACCUACACGACACAGUUCGAGACGGUCGUCGCGAAAUUGCUUGCCGCCAAAUCGAGCGAGCCCGGCGAGGGCAGUACGAUUGAUUUCGUCACUUGUACCAAUACGCUUGGCAGCAGUUUGAUUUUGAACGACGACCUGAAGCCGGCCGUCAACAGCGAGGCGGGAACUGGUAUCGGUGGUUUGGCCGGCGCGGCGCUGCAUCCACUCGCUCUGGGAAAUGUGGCCACGAUACGUAGGUUAUUGGAUCAACAUGAAGACACAAAGAACAUCUUGGUCAUUGGCGUCGGAGGGGUAGAGGAUCAUGCAGGUGUACAGCGGAUGCAGUCAGUAGGUGCUGGAGCUGUUGGAUGUGCCAGCGCACUCGGAAGAUUUGGUGUCAACGUCUUCAAGAUAAUGUCGGGCGCUUAA